GAACUUCUAAAAAGCCUCCAGAAUCCGCUGCCCAGUUUAUUUUCACAUCGCUGGUUGAUACAAUGGGUCUAGUCUAAGUGUAACUUUUACUGCAAUUGCUGGUCCAUCUGGACUCGUCGUUCUUCAAAAGUCGAGCUUUUUAUCAGUUCGACCCUUGCUCAGCUUGAUCCCCUGACUGUCAGUGCGGAAAGCCUAUAAAUAGAUCCCUUCGGUUACCUCCAUUCGCCAAACUCAGCACACAAACAAUCCACAAUCUGUCUCCUUCUCUACACCAUACACCACCCACCAUGCAUUUAGAACUUGGUUCCCUAUCUGUUUCAGCGCGAAGAGUGUUCCUUUUGACUUUGUCAAGCGGCGUACUAAUCUCUUCUUCCAACACUUCACCCAACCUUUUAUCGUACGAAGGGAUUGAAAAUACUGUGGAAUCAUCUCAUCACAACAGAACCCGUAUCUCAUUGUCCCUUCAGCAACGGGACUUUUCAGCUGAAAGCGCCGGCUUCGACUAUGCCAAUCAGAAAAUCAAAGGCGUCAAUGUCGGCGGAUGGCUGGUCACAGAGCCAUGGAUCACUCCUAGCUUAUAUGAAGUUGAUAAUCCUGCCGUGAUUGAUGAAUUUACUCUCUGUCAGACUUUAGGACGAGAUGAAGCAGGUCGGCGUUUGCGCGCACAUUGGGACGCUUUCUUUACGGAGGAAGAUUUUCAUACAAUUAAAUCUUAUGGACUGAAUCAUGUCCGUAUACCUAUUGGUUACUGGGCUUUCGAUAUCUCCGGAGGCGAGCCUUAUGUACAAGGGCAGUUUGAAUAUCUACUGCGAGCCGUCGGUUGGUGUAAAGAUGUUGGGUUAAAAGUAUUGAUUGAUCUGCAUGGAGCACCAGGAUCACAGAACGGAUUCGACAACUCCGGAAAGAGGGGUGACAUCAAUUGGGAUGAAGACCAAGGCAACGUGGACAGGACGAAAGCCGCACUUGCUAAGCUGACAAAGGAAUUCUCCAAACCGCACUAUGCUCACGUUGUUGUUGGUAUUCAAGCUUUGAAUGAACCCGCUGGGUUUAAGAAUCAACACAUGGUUGACACUAUCAAUGAAUUUUACAAAGAUGGAUACGACAUUGUUCGCCAUUCCGGAAGCCACUCUGGCGACGGCAAGCAAACCCAUCUAUUGUACAACAUUCACGAUGCUUUUUUGCCGCUGAGCACCUGGGCGCACACGUUUCCACCUCCGCAAUACCAUGGCGUUUCUCUUGACACGCAUAUCUAUACCGUCUUCACAGUUGAAGGAAACAAAUUCAAUGAACAGGAACGAAUUCAAGAGUACUGUCGGAAGAUCCCUGAUUUGCAAGCGAGUCAAUCGAAGAUUUGGACUUGGGUCGGUGAAUUCACGCCAGCACCGACAGAUUGCGCUCCACUUUUGAAUGGAAUCGGCCGCGGUGCCCGCUACGAUGGAACUUUCGAGGGUAGCACCAGGGUUGGAGACUGUCAUCCCAAAACUGGCCUGGCUUCUCAUUUCUCGGAAGAGUACAAGGAAUCACUAGGCAAAUUCUUUGAAAUCCAGACCCAAGUUUACGAGCAUGGAUCUGGUUGGUUCAUGUGGACCUUCAAAGCCGAGAAAGCCGACGAUUGGAGCUAUGAUGCUGGAGUCAAGGGCGGCUGGAUUCCUAAGAACCUUGAUCACAAAAUAUACGGGGUUCAUUGCUAGGUUACUUUUCCAUUUCAUCUCUUUAUAUUUGGGUUGGAACAGCCUAGUGCGAUUUAAGCAGAUUCCUAACGGGCGUUGAAAAAGUUGUACUUUUACCUCAGGGGAAUUUAGUUGAUCUAAUAAUUUCAAUAUGGCAAUGUUGUUCAGUUCAACAUAUCCAGCAUACACCUCUUGUUCUAAAUCCUGUUUUCUGACACACAUUCACAUCGAUUUUGUAAUUAUAUGUAUCAACUUUUCUCCUAAUUUCAUAAAAUUUGUUAUCAAAAGGCCGCUCUUUCCUUGGCUGGUCGCAAAACAACAAGAUCGGCAGGAACACCGGUUUGCCGCCCCAUUCACUCUUCAUAGAUCGCUUUGGACUAUUCAAAGGGGCCAAUUUAAUAGUUACUAUCUGAUUCUA